UUAUUUUGCUUUCUGCAUUUCAAUUAGGACCUUCCUCUCUUCCGAUUUUGUUAUAAUCCUGUUUUACUUUUGUGUUUGAAUGAUUAAUAGUUUCAUUUACUCCCUCCUCUUUGUUUGGAUUUUAUAACAGCAAUUUGAAUGAUGGAAAAUAACACAAAAUGCUUUUUGUUGGUUGCACAGGAUCGCGUUCGAAGUUUACGUCAUAUAUUUUUGUAACUGUAAGAGCAUUUCAGCAUUUUACUAAGAGGGUUGUGAAUGUUUGGAUGUGUUUUAAAAGAAAUUUCACUCUUAAAUUUGUAUAAAUUCAUUUAAUUUAAUUCUAAUGUUAAGGUGUAAUUUCUUUUAAUUGCAACAUUCAGUGCGAAUGGAAUUCUUCGUAUUCUGUAAUACACCGAGUAUGAUUGCUAUACAAGUUUUUGGGACGGGAGGUAUUAUUUGCUUGUAUUUUAUGUAUGUUUACUAAAUUUGCUUUUUAACAGCACGCUUUGUCACUAAUAAAUAGCUGAGGUAAAUCCAUUCCCUCUUGCAUUAACUUUUUUUGCUUUAUUUCUAUCGGUUGUUUGAUUUGAUAUACCUGCAUAAUAUUUAAUGCAAGAUAAUGAAUGGUACUUAUUUAAUUAGCAAUUUUUCAAAAUUCUUAGUGCAGCCAAUACGACAACCUAAAUUUUAUUCUAAUAAUCCAAUCCCUACUGAUACAUGUUUCUUUCCCCUCAAGACGAGUACAAUCUAAAUCCGGGUUUAGAGUGGGAGGACGAGUUCACAGUUUUGACAUAUGACGACGGGCAAGGUGAAGACGAAGAGGGCAGUCUUCCGCAUCUUGGUGGAUUUGGAAGUAAGCUGCCUCCGGGAAUUCUUCCACAUGGUCUCCCGCAAGUUAAAGAAGUUCAACCCGCCGUCACGGCCGUGGAGCAGGAACAAGCAAAACAUGAAGUUAAAGAAAUUCGAGAGCUGAGUGAAGAGGAAAAGCAGAUGAUUAUUUUAUCAGAAGACUUUCAACGGUUUGUGGAUCGUGCUGGAAAAAUUGUCGAGCGUGCUUUAGGUGAAACUGUCGAUAUUUAUACUGAUUACAUAGGCGGUUCUGGCGAAGAUGGACUUGACGAAAAAUCUCAUCAACGAAUUGCAUUAAAUCGAUGGUUCUACGAUGAGAGAUGGUCAAAAAAUCGUUGUGUUACUUCGUUAGAUUGGUGCCCGCAGUACCCAGAAUUACUUUUAGCGUCAUAUAACAACAACGAAGAGUCUCCAAAUGAUCCAGAUGGUGUGGCUUUAAUUUGGAACACUAAAUUUAAGAAGACCACUCCCGAGUUUAUUUUCCAUUGUCAAAGCGGUGUAAUGUCAGCAACAUUUGCGAGGUUUCACCCAAAUUUAAUAUUAGGAGGUACUUAUUCCGGGCAGAUUGUGCUGUGGGAUAAUCGUGUACAAAAAAGAACGCCCAUUCAACGAACCCCCUUAUCGGCAACUGCGCAUACACACCCCGUUUACUGUGUUAACGUAGUCGGCACACAGAAUGCACAUAACCUCAUUAGUAUAUCGACAGAUGGGCGAUUAUGUUCAUGGUCUUUAGAUAUGUUAAGUCAGCCACAAGAGACUUUAGAAUUACAUAGGAUGCAAGGGAAGGCUGUUGCCGUAACCUGUUUAGAUUUUCCACAUUCCGAUGUAAAUAAUUUUGUUGUCGGUAGUGAAGAAGGCGCCGCUUAUUCUGCAUGUCGACAUGGAGCAAAAGCUGGAAUUGUAGAUACGUACGAUGGGCAUCAAGGGCCAAUUACUGGUAUUAGUGUAAAUGCUGUCCAAGGUGGCAUCGAUUUCUCUCAUCUAUUUUUGACUUCUGCAAUCGAUUGGAGCAUGAAAUUGUGGAGUUUGAAGGAUGCCAAGCCAAUAUAUUCCUUUGAGGAUAAUAGUGAUUAUGUAUUGGAUGUCGCUUGGUCACCAACUCAUCCCGCCUUGUUUGCGUCUGUGGAUUGCGGCGGGCGAUUGGACUUAUGGAAUCUUAAUCAAGAUACAGAAGUUCCUGCAGCCAGUAUAUACGUCGAUGCAAAUCCAGGUUUGAAUAAAGUAUCUUGGACGCCAUCUGGAUUGCACGUUACUGUUGGGGAUAAUCAGGGGAAAAUUUGGGUGUAUGACGUUGCAGAGAACUUCGCUCAUCCUCGACAUGAUGAAUGGAAUAAGUUUUUGUAUACCAUACAAGAGCUACGGAAUAGUCAAGUGGAUGAAGAAUUAGAAAAAUUAAAUCUUUCAGUUACAAGUCCUCCAUUAUCAAGUAUGAGUUCAUUAUCAUUACCGCUACGAUAAAUAGAAAUUAAUAUUUGCUGUGAAUUUCAUUAUUAAAUGAAGAUGAUCUGUAAUAUUCAUCUUUGUAAUUAAAAGAAGAAGAAUAUUUAUUUAUGAAGCCAAUGUUCACUAUUUGUUAAGUAAUUAGAUAAUUUGCAGCUGUACUAAUACUACAUUAUAAUAUUUAGCAGUUGUGAUUCCUCGUCUAUAUAUUAUGUAUAUAUGGAUUAGGUUGUAAUAAUUCUUUGUCUCAGUUAUGCGUAACUCCAGUGCUAAAUAAAACAAAUUUGGUUUUAUGCUGAAAUAAACGUUUCGAAAAGUUCUUCAUUCAGGGUUCGCGUGAAUACUCUCAAAGCAUUGUCACUUUAUUUUUUACCUUUUUUGCACAGAUUGGCAUGUACAUAGCUAAUUUAUUGUUUUGUUAUAUGGUAUUUAAUUAAAUUUUUUUACUUAUUUAAA